AUGGACAUUUCAUCUGAGGACGAGUCGUGUGUGAAAAAGAGCAUGAUGGAUUCAGCCGGCUCUGCAGGAGAGUGCGAGGGCAUGGAGACAAGGGACGAAAGGAAGGCAAGGAAGAUGGAGAGGCGGCGCCUCAAGGAAGAGAAGAGGGCUCGGAAGGAGGAGAGGCGGAAGAGGCGGGAGGAGAAGCGGCAACGAAAGGCAGAGAAGCAGGCUGCCAGGGAGGCGAGCAAGAAGGCGGAGAGCGGUGGAGAUCAUCCAGAUGACUGGGUGCCCCUCCCAAUCAUGGAACCAGAAGCAAUGAAGCAAGAUGCGGAGAUUCAAAUAUGUUCCCAGGAGUUUGAGGAGAGAGACAGAAGGUGGCUCGACACUGUGCUCCUGGAUGGACCUGCUGACAUUUCACAAACUGAGGAUCCUGAUUGGGUUUCCAUGCCGAAGUUGGCAGCAGCAGGCAAGACAGUGAUGGAAUCUCAGGAGCAUCACAAGACAAUUACUGCAGAUGAACAGAGGAAAGCAGACCUGGAGAGGGAUUUGAGGAUGAAGGAGCUCUUUCGACAAAUGUGGGAGAGGAAGUGCUAUACAUUCCUGGACGUUGCACAAAUAAUGCUCAUACCGUCAGUGAUAUCAGACAAGGGGCUCAGACAUGGAGAACCCUAA